GGGCACCACCCCUCCCAUGCUACACCUCACGCACGACCUACUGUUGAUUCCGGUUCGCUUUUUCUGUGCGUGCAUUUAGCUGUGUGUGCAAAAAAGUAUACUUUACCUACCAAUUAACAGAUUCCCUUGUAAGUGAGGCUGUGCUGAUUCGUUCGUUGUACUGUUCCCGUAUUUUCAUUGUGCUGCAUUGUACAGCUUCCUGCAACUCCUGCCAUAACGAAACAGAUUGACAACAGCAUGGAAGAACGUACCGGAACAGAAAAAAUGUAUGGUGGAUGCGAGGGACCGGAUGCGAUGUACGUGAAGCUCAUCUCGUCCGAUGGGCACGAAUUUAUUGUUAAGCGCGAACACGCACUAACCUCCGGAACGAUCAAGGCCAUGCUCUCCGGUCCGGGCCAAUUCGCCGAGAAUGAAGCGAAUGAAGUAAACUUUAGAGAAAUACCUUCGCACGUCCUGGAGAAAGUUUGCAUGUACUUCACCUACAAGGUGCGAUACACGAACAGUUCGACGGAAAUACCGGAGUUCCCAAUCGCACCGGAGAUUGCAUUGGAACUACUGAUGGCCGCUAACUUUCUCGACUGCUAGGAGCUAGAGCUACGGUUUAGUUUGGGCUUUCAUGUUCUUUUUUAAUUGUAUAUAUUAGGACCCUUGCAAGAGUGAAUACAAAUACACAAAAAAUACAAAAAAGUGCAUAAAUACAACAAUCUUCAAAGGAACCUCUCGGAUGGCAAACAAAGGUGAUGGUAUUUAAGGUCACUAUUUUUUCAUUGAAGAGAACAAAGAAUGAAUGAAAAAUGGUACACUAGGUAAAUGGAAUAUGUAACCAACAAAACAAAUAUUAGUGAGUAAUUUACCUCAGCGAACACCAAAGUAGAUUGUUUCGUUGCAAGAAAUUAACAUAUUUAAAAAAUGAAGUUUUUGUCGCAUGAUUUGCAGCUAAACAUUUAUAGACAUGGAAUUCGAACUCGUCUAUCACGGAAGUGAUAGAGCCCUUGUUUUGCUUUAUCAAAAAAGCAAGAAGGAAGAUUAGAAAAAAAGAUUAGUGUGUUUCAGCAUAAAAUUUUCGUUUGUUUUUUGUUAUUUCACUUUGUAUUAUAUUUUUUAUGCGCGCUAUCUACUAAGAUAAAUAAAAAAAG